CAAAUCACUGAAAACAAUCACUCCGUCAGCACAUUAAAAUUGUACCCGACCUUCCCAAAAUGCCCCUCAACCUCCACGCUUACCUCCUCUCCGCCCUCCUCCUCCUCGCCGGCGCCGCCGCCGCCGCCGCGGCGCGGCACCACGCGUCGCCGGCCGCGAACGCGACCUCCUCCAGCGAGCCCGUCUACCUCUGGCCCCUGCCCAAGAGCGUCUCGUCGGGGUCCAGGACCCUGACGGUGGACCCGGACCUCGCGCUCGACCCGCAGGGCCCCGGCGGCCGCUCCCCGGCCGUGGCCGAGGCGUUCCAGCGGUACCGGGGCCACGUGUUCACGCCGUGGGCGCACGCCGCGCGCCCGCGCGGGGCGCGGUACGACGUCACAAGGCUCACCGUCGUCGUCAACUCCGCCAACGACACGUUGGCGCUGGGCGUGGACGAGAGCUACGCCAUCUACGUCGGGGCGGCCGGCGGCGUCAAUUCCAUCGUCGGAGGAGCAAUCAUUGAGGCAAACACAAUAUAUGGAGCUAUUCGAGGGCUGGAGACAUUCAGUCAACUUUGUGUUUUCAACUAUGACACCAAAAAUAUUGAAGUGCGCAAUGCCCCAUGGCAUAUUCAAGAUGAGCCCCGCUUUGCUUUUCGUGGGCUGCUCCUAGACACCUCACGGCAUUAUCUUCCGGUUGAUGUUAUUAAGCAAGUGAUCGACUCUAUGUCAUUUGCUAAGCUGAAUGUUCUUCAUUGGCAUAUCAUCGAUGAGGAAUCCUUUCCAUUGGAGGUGCCAACAUAUCCAAACCUUUGGAAAGGUUCGUACUCCAAAUGGGAGCGCUACACCGUGGAAGAUGCACGUGAUAUUGUGAACUACGCUAAGAAAAGAGGUAUCAAUGUCAUGGCAGAAAUUGACGUGCCUGGUCAUGCAGAAUCAUGGGGAAAUGGCUACCCAAAGCUCUGGCCUUCUCCCAAUUGUACAGAGCCAUUAGAUGUCUCUAGCAAUUUCACAUUUGAAGUAAUUUCUGGAAUUUUGUCUGAUAUGAGGAAAAUCUUUCCAUUCGGGCUGUUUCACUUGGGUGGCGAUGAAGUAUAUACAGGGUGCUGGAACACAACACCUCAUGUGAGGCAGUGGCUUAAUGAGCACAACAUGACCACAAAGGAGGCUUAUAAAUACUUUGUUCUGAAGGCCCAACAGUUGGCAAUUAAGCUAAACUGGAUUCCUGUGAAUUGGGAAGAAACCUUCAAUUCAUUCGCAGAAAAUCUCAAUCCUCUUACAGUGGUGCACAAUUGGCUGGGGCCUGGAGUCUGCCCUAAGGUUGUGGCAAAGGGUUUCAAAUGUAUAAUGAGCAAUCAAGGUGUCUGGUACCUUGAUCAUCUUGAUGUUCCCUGGGAAGAUGUCUACAGUGGCGAGCCACUAGAUGGCAUCAGUGACAAAGACCAGCAAAAGCUAGUACUUGGUGGGGAAGUUUGCAUGUGGGGUGAGACAGCAGACACAUCCGACGUUCUACAAACAAUAUGGCCCCGAGCAGCUGCAGCAGCAGAGCGUCUGUGGAGUCAAUUGGAGGCCAUAACCGCCCAAGACGUGGAAACAACCGUCCUGUCACGGCUACACUAUUUCAGAUGCCUGCUGAAUCACCGUGGGAUUGCUGCGGCUCCAGUCACAAACUACUAUGCUAGGAGGCCCCCAAUCGGCCCAGGUUCAUGCUUUGUUCAGUAAAGCCGGACUUUCAGAGCGAAGGUAUCCACGAGGUGCUCUGCCUUCAUCUAUACACCUGCCAUACUUUGAACAGAGAACCUGAUGUUGUCCCCUUGCACUGUACCAUAUCUGUUUGUCAUACACAAAAAGGAUCUAUACAAUUCGUCUCUGUGUUUGAUUCCCAAAUUCAAAUAAAAUCGCAUCAUUCAAAUCUGACCUGGGAGAAAGCCAGCCAUCGGUAUAGUAUAACAGUAAAACCCAGGCACCUUUUUAACAGCCUUGUCAUUGAAUUCCUCCCACGUGUAUCUGAACCAGGUUCAGCAACUGGACAAUUGGGCAAAGCUCCUUUGAACUGGUAAGAGAGCAGUGAUCUCAGCGUGGAUAUUUCAAUUGAUGCUUUGUGCCUUGCUUGC